AUGUGCACAAACCCAAAUUCCCUCCUCGCCAAGGUCUUUAAAGGGAGAUACUUCCCACAAUGCUCCCCAUUAGAAGCAAGACUAGGCUCACGACCUUCUUUUGAUUGGAGUAGCAUUCACAUCGCUCAGGGAUUGAUGAGACAAGGCAUGCGAAGGAAUUUUGGAGCAGGACCAAAUGAUUGGGAUUCGGACGAGUGGAAAUGGCAAAAUAUCCAAACUCUUUUCGCUGAAGAAGAUGUAGCUCUCAUUGGACAAAUUAAACCAGCAAGAGGAACAAAGGAUGGUGGUUUCUCGUGGAUUCAUAACAAUGACGGUGCCUAUACUGUUAAAUACGGGUAUUGGAUUUGGUCCCACAAGAUCAAUCCAGAGAGCAUUACCCAACAACACGAUGCAGCUCCAUCCCUAAACCCCAUCUACCAAGCCGUCUGGAAGACAAACACAUCCCCCAGGAUCCAAGGUUUCAUGUGGAGAGCUCUUGCAAACUGCCUGGCAGUAGCACACAACAUGAGUAAAAAACGGCUCACUAAAUGCAAGCAAUGCCCUCGCUGCGGAGCAGAGGAUGAAGAUGUCAACCAUGUUCUCUUCACAUGUCCAUACGCGAGACUGGUUUGGGCACUAUCCCCUCUCGCUUUUCUCUUCUAUCCGACACCAUCAUCCUCAGUGUACACGAAUAUGGCGAAUCUACUACUUCAUGUGAAUGAGAUGAAGGAUGACGAGAUCAGCAUGAGAUUAUUUUACGGCCCUGGUUCCUAUGGAGAAUUUGGAAGGCAAGAAAUGACUUUUGCCUCAAGGGGAAACAGGCCCGGGCGGAUCAAACUGCAGAAACAGCUAUACAAGACGCUAUGGAGUGGCAGGAGAAUUAGGAGACAGUCACCACGACUGCACCAACUAGCCAAGGGAAGCUCAACUUGUAGUGUGGCUUGGAUCCUAAGAGACGAUGCUAGAAAUGGGAGAUGGUAUGGAGCUAAAACAUACUCCUCCCUCAUCUCAAGUUUAGAAGCGGAGGCAGCAGCCCUUACAUGGGCCAUGGCUGUAGUAGACAAUCUUGGUUUUGAGGAAGUGGUUUUUGAGAGUGACUCCCGAUCCCUUAUACAGGCUAUAGCACACCCUGCGUCUUGGCCCCGCUUGCAGUGUUACAUUGAUGAUAUCACAGGUGGUAGAAGAUUUUUGAAGGCAACCUUCACCACAUGUCGCAGAGAAGCAAACGGGAUCGCAGAUUGUAUAGCCAAGAGCUCACUCUCUAAACCUUUAUACUCGGCUAUUCUAGAUUGUAGUAUCCCAGCUUGGCUAAGUCCAAUGCUUGAAAAAGAGAAACCAUGUGUAACUCUCUAG